AUGAAAAAUUAUAAUUAUUUCUUAAAGUAUAUUAUUGUGGGAAACACUGGUUAGCAAUUUUAUUAUUGAUGAAGGUGUAGGAAAAGUUGUUUACUACUGCAAUAUGUUGAUUAAAAAUUUAGAAAUUCUCAUUCGAUUACAUUGGGAGUAAAAUUUGGAACUAAUAUUAUCAAAUCUAAUAAUCAUUUUAUUAAAUUACAUAUAUGGGAUACUAUAAGAUAAAACUUACUAAUUAGAGGCUGGAUAAAAAUCCUUUUCAUCUAUGAUUGGUUCUUAUUAUAGAAAGUAUAUUUAGAUUAAAUUACUGUUAUUGGAUAUAUUUUAGUCUUUGAUUUGACUCAUAGAAAAUCAUUUGAAGCUUUAAUUAAAAAGCAAAAUGAAGUGUUGUUUUGUACUGGUAAUGAUAUUCAAAUUACUAUUGUUGGAAAUAAAAAUGAUUUACCAAAUAGGUAUACUAUUAAAUUUUUAUAGGCAAAAGAAGUUUAAGAAAAAGAAGCAAAAUUUGCUUAAAAAAUUGAUGGAAAUAAUAUUGAAGCUUCUGCUUUUAGUGGAUUUAAUUUUAUUAGGAUUUUUUAAAAUUUAACAUAAUAAAUGCUAUAAGAAAUCUCAAAUGGUAAAAUUGAUCCACAAAUUGAAGUACAAACUUAUAAAUAUCAUUAAAGAUUUAUAUGGUAUAACAAUUGGAGAUUUUGAAAAAAGAAGAAAUUCAGAGAUUGUACCUAAAAGUUAAAGAUGUUUUGUCUAAGUGAACUAUCCUAUUUAAAAACAGAGAUUAAAAUGUUGA